AAAUAAUUCUCGUAAAAAAAAACAAGAACUCCGAGCAGUACAUUAAAAUGAACCCCAACAUGAACAUGAUGCCUAUGUCGGGACCGCAGAUGAUGCAAGUGAUGCAGUCGUCGCCUCAGCCCAUGAUGCCGGCUGUCCCUCCCGGCCCCGUGCCCCAACAGCCCUUGCAACAGCAACAACCGGCCGAGAAACUGGACAACAUAUCGCGGGUUAAAAGUCUACUGGGACCCCUGCGGGAGUCGAUGUUCCUAACCAUCCGAUCGAGUGCAUUCACGCUGCAGCAGAACAACCUAGCGGACAAUUUGAAACGGGAUACAGGAGCCCAUGGGCAUCAUGUGCCACGAUUCGAUAAACAUCUGGAAGACUUCUAUGCCUGCUGUGACCAAAUCGAGCUACAUCUGAAAACGGCGAUGCAGUGCCUGCAGCAGCAGAACUCCUCCAACCAUUAUCUGCCUGGUCUGGUUACGCCGAUGCGAAUGGAAAGCUUUAUGCCCGAAAACGCCGGGCCUAUUCCGUACCCCACUUACUUGAAUACGGUGCGAGUGCACGUUCAGUCGGCGAAGGACAUUCACGACACCUUGAUUAGUGCCGCCCAAAAUAUAUCCCAGGCUGAUUGAUAGUUGUAGUUCAUUUAGUUUUCCAUACUUAUCUUAUUUCAAAGUCUAGAUCUAAGAACAGAAAAAACAAAACUCUGCAAAAUAGCUGGUUACAUUCACCAUUUACCAGUAGAAAUAUUAUAAGAACUGCUUGUGCA